AUGUCGGAAGUCAACCAGGAAGCGACCAAACGCAAUGUUCUACAAGGCCAUCUUGAUCGUCUAUUGGAGUCACGAGAACUGCCAAAAACAAUUUGUCCAUCAGAAGUCGCGCGAGCCUUGAAUAGACAGGAGCUUGCAAGCAGCGGAUUUUCCUCCUGGCGAGAAUCCAUGUCGGAUAUAAGAAUACUGGUAUCAGAAAUGAGAAGUCGAGGUGAAGUGGAAGUUUUACAGAAAGGUUCUGUCCUUGAAGGUGAUCUGGGCGAUGGCCUUGAGAAUGUCACUGGGCCUAUAAGAGUCAGAAAGACAAGCUGA